AUGAAUUACAGAGGCACCGACACGAAGCAGCAUAACAAGAAUAAGAAUAAGUUCCCCCUGUUCUUUUAUAAAAAUAAAUACUCCAGUGCGAAGCAGAGUCUUGGGCAAGGGAGUGGCCCUGUGAACCCCCAAGGCGACAACGUUUGCAACACCUUCCAGGGAAACACUACCACGAACAACCCAGGUAGUCUUAACAACAACUCAAACAUGUACUACAAAAGAAGAAAUAAUUUUAGUGGAGCGGGCAUGGUCCCUCCCAACAGUGCAAGCGGAGCAGAUCCAAAGAACAGCAACAGCAUGAUGAGCUACAAUGACGACGUAUAUCACUUCGAGAAACAGAAGUUACUUAACGGAGGGGCAACCGGGACGGCAGGAGGGAUUAACGCGUAUCAUAUGGAUGUCGCGCACGGCAACAGCACCAGUGGCAGCAUCAACCAGGGAAGCGGCAACCAGGGAAGCGCCAACCAGGGAAGCGGCAAUCAGGGAAGUAGCAACCACGGAAGCGGCAACCAGGGAAGCGGUAACCACGGAAGCGGCAACCAGGGAAGUAGCAACCACGGAAGCGGCCACCCGGGGAGCGGCCACCACGGCAAAUUCUACAAUAACAGUAACAAUAACAGUAACAAUAACAGCAACAAUAACAGCAACAAUAACAGCAACAAGAACACGUACAAUUUUCACCCCAAGAAGGAAGGCAGGCAGAACUACGAAAGCUACCUGAGCUGCAUGCACGAUGGAACGAACAGCAACAGCCACGGAGAAGCAACCCACGGAAAUAGGAAUUACAGGAAUUACCACUACGAUAGCAACAGGGAGAAUUACGCCAACAUAGGUGGAUCUAAAAACGUGAAUCGGUACUACGAUGUAGGAGACGGCACGUCGUGCAUGAACAUGUCAGGGCAAAAGAAGGUAAACUAUUUCGAUGCCACUGUGGGUAGUGGCACGGGGGGCGGCUACCAGCAUGGAGCGACACAUGGAACGGCACAUGGAACGGCACAUGGAACGGCACAUGGAACGGCACAUGGAACGGCACAUGGAACGGCACAUGGAGUGACUCAUGGAGUGACUCAUGGAACGGCACAUGGAGCGACACAUGGAGCGACACAUGGAGCGACACAUGGAACGGCACAUGGAGCGACUCAUGGAGCGACACAUGGAGUGCAUCCCAGUGCGCACAGUGGCAGCCGGGACGGCGGGGGACUGGACCCCUACGGCACGAACGAUCAGCUGAGGAGAGAACCCCCAAGGGGAAAAAACGCGCUGCAAAACACAUCCGUCCUGGGGAGAGAAAAGAAAGAACCCAUGCUGAUUAUGAUUAACGGGGAGAGAACCAACAGCAGUGAUAAUCUGCACAAGGUGGGCUUGAAAAUGGAGAAGCAGGAGAAUCAUGCGCAGGGGGGUGAUGACUACGAGGGAGAGGAGGAUGAGGAGGAGGAGGAGGAUGAACAGGAGGAGGAAGAAGAAGAAGAAGAAGAAGAAGAAGAGGAAGAAGAAGACGCGGAUGACGCGGAGGAAGUAAAUCUCCCGUUUCGUAAAAACGCACAUAACGUUGGUACCGCCAGGGGAAGUAGUAACCACCGAGACGGAUACAACAACGCAAAGGAGAUGAGCUUUACUAAGAAUGAUGCACGAAAGGGGGUAAACACACUCAGUGAUGGUGCCAAUUUGAGCAACUCAGGAAGGACAACCAACGUUAAUGCACCCACCGGGAGAGUAAGCAACCCACAAAACGGAAUAACCAACGUAGAGACAAUGAACAGACCACAAGUACCCACUCCCAGCAACCAUCUUACCGGAGUUAACAACAAAAAUUUGAACUCCAUCUCAGGAAGUGCAUACAACAUAGCCUAUAUGUUCAUAUACCAGUACUACUACGUCCUCCAUACCAAGAAGGCUAUGAUGCAUAAUUUUUACGCGGAGAAUGCCAUUUUGCUUGUGAGCUUUAAUUAUCAGAAUGGAGUGGACAAGAAGGCCCCCUACGAGGUGGACGCGUUAGGCAGCGGAGUGGGAAGCGGAGUGGGAAGCGGGUUAGGCAGCACAUUAGACCGAGGAGGGGGGUAUCUCCACUCGGAGAACCACAAAAACGAGCAGAGUGACGCAGAAAAAUUUUUCAAUCUGAAUCAAAUCAACAUAGAAGGUAGUGAGCGAAGUGGAAAUAUGCUAAAAAUGAAAAACAAACAAAUAAUUGCAGAAUAUUAUGAUAAAUUGGGAAUCAGCGAGUGCACAGUUUAUAUCAACUCCAUCGAGGUGAUCAAUUUACACGAUGAAAUUUACCUGUACAUACAUGGGAAAAUAAAAAAAAAUAAAAGUACAAACUUAUUCUAUUACUUUAUUCAGAACAUACACUUGCAUAAGUAUACCGUAUGUCAGUACUACGUAGACGUAGACUUCGUUCACUAUUACUACCUUGACGUGGCGGAUCAGCUGGUGGAUGCUUCGACUGAAGCUAGAAGAAGAAGGGAGGGGAAGGCAAUCACAGGGAAUAGUCAUGUGCUCGAUGUGAAAGGAAAAGAAGAUGACACAAAGAAGAAGCCUAAAGUUAGCAAACUCAAUAAUGCUACCCUUGGGGGGAAGAUAGGCAUCAUCCCCCAAGUUGGUGAAGAAGCUGUCGCUUGUGCAUCCGGUGCUGUCACACCAAGUAGUAGCCAUCUCAAAGGGGACAUAUACAAUAAAACAACCAAUGGAUUGAAAAAAGGAACUGUAAAGAACACAGAUGUAAAACCCGUUUUCACAUCUACUCAAAGGAGUAUCACCAAAGAGAGUAAAGCAAAAAUAUCCACCGUUAAAGGGCAACUGAACGAAGGAAACUACUACCCUCCUGGACAUCCCAAGUAUGGAACCAUUACCCAACAGUCAGUGCUCACCUCCUCGGUGAUAAAUAAAUCUACAGACAGAAAGAACCACCUAGCCAAGUACGCACAACCACAUAAUAGAACCCCCGGUGAGAGAUUCCAUCGUGACGAGGGGGAGGAAGAAGACGAACAGGAGGAAGAUAUCGACUACGUAGAUGUGGGUGAAGAAAAUGAUAUGGAGGAGGACGAUGAGGAAGACGUAGAUAUGGACAUGGAGGACGACGAGGAUGAGGAGGAUCAACAGCAGCACAACUUAGAAGCGUUCGAGGAGGAACUAGAUGAAGCUUACGAAGAAGUAGAGGUGGAGACGGAAGCCGACGCGGAGAUGGCUCAACUGAGUAGAGGAAGCGAACGAGGAGCAAAAAAAGGUCUCUACUCGAAGAGGGACGAAGCGGUAUUUCUCAAAAGAGCACAAGGUUUAGGCAAACCGGUAAAGAAGGGGACAGGACAUCACGAUCCUGAAUCCAUCGGAACCAACGCCACGUUAAAAAAAAGCAACAAACUGAAGAACGAAGAUGAGGAUAUGCACACAAGGAACAGAAAUGGAAAUAGCGUUGGGAACAGAUCAGGGGAGGGAGGAAUCCAAUUGCAGACAACAGAUGAGGGAUCGACCAGAAAGCAGCAUAUUGCCUCAUCAGAUGGUGGUAAAAAGGAAGGAACCAAAGAAAAAGUCGCUCUCACGGUAGGAGGUACCCCUGUGGGGAUGACCACCGACAAGAGCAGCAGCGGUAAGGAGGUGGAAGAAAAGGUGGGAAAUGCGGAGAAGGGUGAUGGGAAGGACCACGUUACUUCCAAAGUAGCUGCAACGACGGACGCGAAGAAGAACAAGAAAAAUAAAAGCGAUGGAAGCAACCAUGUAUGGAAGGUAGACAGCGAGGAGAAGUGCCCCAAGUUGGAGACCAUCCUUAAGGAAGAAAAAUCCCUUAACGAGAACUCGAAGAAAAAAAAGGAAAAGGAGAAGAGCAGCAAAGUCGAUCCAAACAGCUGGGUCUUCCGAGUGAUGAAGAAUAACAAAGGGGCCAACUCAGGGGAAAGUGGAACUGCAGCGGGUGGCAGUCAGAAGGUGCAAGAGGGGGCGAAGCAUGCCGAUGGGGAGAAGCACGCAGGGGGAGAGAAGCACGCAGAGGGGGAGAAAGCCAUCGAGGAAGGCGAAACCGACGUGGAGACACAAGAGGAAGAAGUAGAAGAACACGAGAUCAACGCGAACGAUAAAAAAAUUAUAAUUCACAAUAUACACAAAAGCAUGGAUAAGAAAAAAAUUAAUGACUGUAUAAUCGACCGACUCAAAAACUACAACGAUGGGCAUGCUGUGCAAAUUGACAUACAUCAGAGGUCACCCAAAAAGCUGUUCCCCAGUUCGUUCAAUUCUGUUGGUUACGACAAGGGGAAGGGUCCCGAAAACUACUCCUACGCCAUCGCUGAGUUGGACUGCCGACAGAGCCAGAAGCUGCUAUUAGACCUGGGCCUCUACUGCAACGGUAUAAAAUUGAGCAUUGAGAAUUUUAAAGAGAAAAGGAAGACGCCCGAGGCUGCCAAGAGGAGCAACAGAAAAUUCAACGGUUUCGGAGGCGGCGCGCCCCUGGACGCGUCCAAGGCGAAGGAUGACCGCUACAGGAACUCCUUCUUCCGAGGCUCCUCGGCCACGGUCACGACGGUGGGCGUGGCGCAGUUCAGGAGCAAGAGGAACAACAUUUUUGUCAAGUGA